AUGUUGAGGGCGGUGGCGAGGUGCUGCGGCCACUGGCCGCCGGGCGCCGCGGCGGCGGACGGGAUGCUGUGGCAGACGGAGCUGCGGCCGCACGCGGCGGGGGAGUUCUCGAUGGCCGCGGCGCAGGCCAACCUGGCCAUGGAGGACCAGGCGCAGGUGCUGGCCUCCCCGGCCGCCACGCUCGUCGGCGUCUACGACGGACACGGCGGGGCCGACGCCUCCCGGUUCCUCCGAUCCCGACUCUUCCCCCAUGUCCAACGCUUCGCAAGGGAGCAGGGGGGCAUGAGCGCGGAGGCGAUUCGGAGCGCGUUCGGCGCGGCCGAGGAGGAGUUCCAUAAGCAGGUGUCAAGAUCCAUUGGUGAUUUUUAUCUGAAGAAACCGGAGUAUAGCUUGGACCCCUUGUUUCGGCAAGUUGGCGCCCCUAUUCCAUUGAAGAGGCCUGCUCUUAGUGCUGAACCAUCAGUUCAAGUACGCAAGCUGAAACCAAAUGACCUAUUUCUGAUAUUUGCUUCGGAUGGUCUAUGGGAGCACCUCAGUGACGAUGAUGCAGUGCAAAUUGUCUUCAAGAAUCCGAGAAUUGGGAUAGCCAACAGAUUGGUGAAGGCUGCCUUGAAGGAAGCAACCAGGAAGAGGGAGGUCAGGUACCGUGACCUGAGGACGAUCGACAGGGGAGUGAGACGGCAUUUCCAUGACGACAUCAGCGUCGUUGUGGUCUACCUUGAUCGCCACCGCGAGCGCCGCCACACCAGGGUCAUCGACUCGAGUAGCAACUGCACCAGUGCACCCGUGGACAUCUACUCCUCCAACACCCACCAGUCUGCGAAGCCAUUGCACGCUUAUAAGAGCUGA